GCCGAGAGCCGGGCUGCAGGUGGGAGCCGAGAGGCGCGGCGAGUCCCAGGUCCCAGUCCCCGCCGGAGCGCUUCCCGAGGCCGGGCGCGUAGCCGGCGCCCUGUCAAUAUCUGGGGGAUGAAUGAGUGACGGUCGUCCCUGGGAGCUGAUCUCUCAGGAAUAAUGCAACUAGAGAGGAGCAACCAGACGUUCAGCUCUAGCUACAGGCCAAGCUCCUUCACGUACAACAUUAAGCGAGACGUGUACAAUGAGGAGACCUUCCAGCAGGAGCACAGGAGAAAGGUCUCUACGUCUGGGAACGUGGACAUCGACAUCACCACCUUCAGACACCACGUCCAGUGCCACUGCUCAUGGCACAGGUUCCUAAAAUGCAUGCUCACCGUCUUUCCCUUCCUACAAUGGAUAUGUUUGUAUCGAUUCAAGGACUGGCUUCUUGGAGACUUACUUGCUGGUCUAAGUGUAGGCCUUCUGCAAGUUCCUCAAGGCCUGACAUUUAGUUUGCUGGCAAGGCAACUGAUUCCUCCUCUCAAUGUCGCUUAUGCAGCUUUCUGCUCGUCAGUCAUUUACGUCAUAUUUGGAUCAUGUCAUCAAAUGUCAAUUGGCUCCUUCUUCCUCGUGAGUGCCCUGAUGAUCAACGUCCUAAAGGUGAGCCCAUUCAACAGUGGCCACCUGAUCAUGGGCUCGUUCAUCAAGGAUGACUUUUCCGCUCCCUACUUCUAUAAGGCGUAUAACAGGUCUUUGAGCGUGGUGGCAACCACAACUUUCCUGACCGGGAUUAUCCAGCUAUCAAUGGGCGUCUUAGGUUUCGGCUUCGUGGCCACUUACCUGCCCGAGGCUACAGUCAGUGCUUACCUGGCCGGCGCGGCUCUGCACAUCCUGCUGUCCCAGCUGACUUGCAUCUUUGGGAUUAUGAUUAGUUUCCACGCCGGUCCCAUCUCCUUCUUCUACAACAUAAUUAACUACUGUGUAAAUCUCCCCCAAGCUAAUUCCACCAGCAUCCUACUAUUUCUCACUACUGCUGUUGCUCUGAGAGUCAACAAAUGUAUCAAAAUUUCUCUCAAUCGCUACCCCAUCGAGUUCCCUAUGGAAUUAGUUCUGAUCCUUGGCUUCUCUGCACUUGCAAACAAGUUCAGCAUGGCCACAGAAAACAGUGAGACGCUCAUUGAGAUGAUUCCGUACAGCUUUCUGUUCCCCACAACACCAGAUUUCAGCAUUCUGCCUGAGGUUGUCUUUCAAGCCAUCUCCUUGUCUUUGGUGAGCUCCUUUCUGCUCAUAUUUCUGGGCAAGAAGAUCGCCGCUCUCCAUAACUACAAUGUCAAUUCCAACCAGGACUUAAUAGCCAUCGGCCUUUGCAACGUCGUCAGUUCAUUUUUCAGAGCUUGUGUGUUUACUGGUGCUGUUGCCCGGACGAUCAUCCAGGACAAAUCUGGAGGAAGACAACAGUUUGCAUCUCUGGUAGGCGCAGGGCUGAUGCUGCUCCUGAUGGUGAAGGUGCGCCACUUUUUCUACGGACUGCCAAACGCCGUGCUGGCUGGGAUUAUUCUGAGCAACGUCCUGCCCUACCUGGAGACCAUUUACAACCUACCCAGUCUGUGGAGGCAGGACCAGUAUGACUGGUGUCUUUGGAUGGUGACGUUCUCCUCUGUGAUCUUCCUGGGACUGGAUGUCGGACUACUUGUUUCGUUAGUGUUUACGUUCUUGGUCAUCACUGUCCGUUCACACAGAACUAAGAUUCUCCUCCUGGGUCAGAUUCCCAACACCAACAUUUAUAGAAGCCUCAAUGACUAUCGGGAGAUUAUGGACAUUCCUGGGGUGAAAAUCUUUCAGUGCUGUAACUCUAUUACCUUUGUAAAUGUUUACCACCUGAAACACAAGCUGCUAAAAGAGCUGAAUCUGGUCAGGGUGCCUCUUAAAGAAGAAGAGAUUUUCAGACUAUUUCAUAGCCAAAGCGAUAGCAGCUACGAAGAUGAAAGUAUGUGGAGGUGCUACUGCAACUGUGAUGAGAUGGAGCCGCCACCCAGGGUCACUUACACAGAGCGAUUCGAAAAUAAAGUGGAUCCCGAUGCAUCCUCCAUUAACCUGGUCCGCUGCUCACAUUUCGAGAACAGGGACACAAGCCAAAGUUCCUCUGAGGACCAAAUUCCAUACGUUGCAUCGUCCACGUCUCAGAGAAAUCAAGAACAAAGCUACGAGGACGUGGAGAAGACUUUGUCCAAACCCUCAGGAAACAACUCGCUGCUGUCGCCCAACAGCAACGAAAGCCAGGAGAGGAGCAGAUCGUACAACCCGUACUCGGAUGGGUCUUUCCUGCCCAGCACCCACACCAUCAUUCUGGAUUUCUCCAUGGUGCAUUACGUGGACUCGCGGGCGACCGUCGUACUCAGACAGGUGAGUACUGGGGAGGCUUUAGAAAAAG